AGGAUUUUCUCUCUGAUGGCCAUUAAAUGGUCAGAUUCAAGAAACAGAUGCAGCACAGAGCUGAUCCAAAAUGAACUUCAAAUAUCUGUAAACUGUGACCUGUCACUGAGGACUUCUCUCCGACUGUGCAAAAGGACAAAAGACUGCUUGAGUCAGUCAAGAGCAGGAAAAAGUAUCCAUGGAAAAAGUACAUUUGAGGGCCCUCUACGACCAUUUCCAUGGCAACUACAAUACUGUAAACAGCAGUUCCAUGCUUAUAGCUCACAGAAAAAGCUAACAGCUAAUUACUAUCAGAUGUUGAACAAUGGAGACGAUGACUCUAGAUAAAUCCGCUUUAAAAGCCGUAGAUGACUACUGGGAGUAUAAAAGGAUUGUGGGCGAUGAUGAUGGAGGAAAACUGUUCACCCCAAAACAAUAUGAGGAGUACAAAAGAAAGAUGAUUCCUCAACGGAUGAAAAACAGGCUGUACGUGAGCUUUGGGGUGCCAGGAGGUAUUGACUGCAAACUCAUUGGCCCUGAAACACAGUGCUUUUGUGCACAUAGGUACAAGCAACACAAGACCGAUUUUGAAUUGGUUUCUUCUGAGCAUCCUCUUGCUCUACCAUGCCAGGCCAGUGGAUGUCGAUGUGUGACCUUUCAGUAUGUGCCCCGGAUUGGGCCAAACCCUGUACGCUGCAGGUGUAAACACUUACCUGAGGAUCACAGUGAAGCUGCUGGCCUCUUGUGCAAGAAGUGCAGUUCUUGCCCUGGGUAUCAGAGCCCCUACACCUGUGGGUGUGGCAAGCCCAGCUUUGCUCAUCGAACCCUGAUUGAGACAAAACAAGAGAGGGAGACACGAGGUCAGCCUACAGGCAGGGGUGUCCCUUAUGCUGCCAUGGGGGGGCUGACAGGCUUCAGCUCUUUGUUGGAUGGUUAUAUCGCUUUGGAGGCUAGUAGCUCAGAUCAAGUCAGAGAAGAUGGCUGCCGUCAGAGACUCUCAGGAUCAAGGAUCAAAGAAACGUCUCCUAAAACAUCACACGCUCUUCACUGUAAGAGACAAGCAAAUGACUGAAAUGCAUCAUUCUGUUAUAUGCAUCAAACCAUCUAUUACAUAUACAAUAAUUCAAAUGUAUGAUAUUGAAUAAAUCCCACAUAUGUGAUCAGUAA